AUGUCGCCCUAUCUCGCUAACCUUUUGCGUCUCCAAGGCUGUCGAGAGGCUAGUUAUUCGUCGUCUAUGCGAGAAACUCGUAGCCGACGGAAGAUUCGACUGGGUACGGAGUACGGAGCCAAGACCAACUUCGUCGGACAAGGAGACGCUGAUUUGGUAUCCCUUGACAUCUGGAAGGCGUUCAAUCGGUCAUGGACACCACUACGGAGAUCUACAUUGUAUAUAGUCAAUAUUCUCGUUUCUCUAAAUCGAUCAAUACCGACUUACCUGCAUUCCUUUCAGGCAAAGGUUAGACUUGAAGGCCACUCUUUGCUAUCGACUGCUAACGCUUCCACCGCCUAUACCACCAAAACCAUCAGCACCAUCGCCAGCAACAGCACCUUCCCUUCCAGUGCGGCAGCAAACGCUAACGAAAUAGAUGUCGACGACGGAGAGGAAAGAGAACUGCAAGACGAUGAAGAAGGAGGAGGGUUGCUGCUGGACCAAAGUCGUCCUACCCGGCAGCGGAUGGCUCCCUGGGACGACGAUGGCAAUGAUAGUGGAAGCGAGCGGGAUGUGGAACCGGUGGCCGCUGGACUGACUCAAAGUCGUAUCGAUGUUGACACGCCGAACUAUGUACCGUCGGUGACCGUUUCGAUCUUUAGUGCCCUCUCGGAGAUCCUCUCGCAGCCAACAGAAAGUUUACCUUUUUUGUCUUCUAGCACCGAUGCACCAGCACCUUCCUCUUCUUCUAGCACUACGACGACAACUACUACGACCACAACCACCACAACGACUACCACCACUACCACCACAACCACGCCCAAGCCAAGCACUUUGCGAAAACCCACGGCCAAGGUACUGGAAGUUGGUAGCACUUCAGCAAUGCCCAUCGCGUUGACCGCAGCGUCUGUAAAUACUAGCGAUCCAACCGAUAAUACCACUAUUGUAAAUAAUAUUACUGCUGAGGGAAGCACUAGCGUUUUGCCCACUACGGCGGUGGUGGACAGCGCAUUCUCCGAAUCAAGCAUGUUAUCCGAAACGGGUGAACUCAUUAACACCAACGAUUUGGAAAGUCUUUUCCGACCGAGAUUCCUGGAAUCCGAAGAAUACGAACUCCCAAUCCUUACCUCAACUGAAAGUUCCUUAGCAAUCAGUGCUAGCGAUCCCUUGUUGAACGACAUUUCUCCUUUCUCUCAGAACCCUAAAUUCCCAGAAACCACCACUGCUCCUACUACGGUCACUGUUGAGGAACCUACAACUACCAUGAUUACUGCUGCUACCGAGAGCAUGCUAACGAAGUCGCUCACUAACAUGCCACUAACCGAAAGCGCCGAACUUGCAACCUAUCCAACCACGACUCCCUCGGUCCCAUCGACUACGGUUCAAACGACUCCAACGACUUCGUCGUUUGCUUUGGAUACUCGUAGUGAAAGUUUGGAAGCACAGCAUGCGCCAUCUACCACGCCAGUCGAGCCAGAAUACACUUUUAUGCCUAGCACUGCUACUCCUAGUCCCAUUGAAACCACAUCCUUCAUCACCGCCAAAUCCAUCAAUACAGCUGUCAUCGCCUCCCUCACCACCACCACCGACAAAAGUAGUGCUAUGCUUUCUAACAAACCGGAUUCAGAAAGUGUCUCGGAAUCGCUCGCUUUCACUAACGUUACUAAAUCACCACCACUGACUCAUACCGAACUACCGACGACUGCAUCACCUACGACGACCGUCGAGCCACCAACGACAACUACGGAGUCGGAACAGACGACCAUCACCACGAUCGUGACAUCGGCCCCAAUGACCGUAAGUAGGACUACCGAAUCGUUUCAAAAUUCCUUCAGAGCCACAACGGCUGUUCCUUCUCGGUCCCCUUACAUUGUAACACCCCAAAUCCUAACGUCCGAAACUUCCCCCGAGUACCACCCAAGAUUUGCAGUGCGCCCUCCAAUUGCGGGGGUCGCACAGAGUUCCACCACCACCAGCACCACUAGCACCGCUACCGCCAUCACUAGCGCACCGUCUUUGGCCGCAAGUGCCUCUCGCACCACAGAACUAACCACGCAAAAGCCUCGAUCACGUGGAAUAGUUGUGUACGGUAUCCUUCCGAACAACACAGUCAUCCGACGAAUCAUUGGCGGGGACGAUGAGCCGACAAGCACCACCGAAAACCCUCGUGUCGUUUACGGUAUCUACCCGAACGGUACCGUUGUUCGCCGAUAUCCAAAUGGUACGAUCGUUCCGGAUCGCCCUCGGCAACGUGGCCGCGUAGAAAUUACCGACAUAGAUCCCCGCCAGCUACGGGAUCCAAAUAGUUCAAUCUAUAAGGAACCUUCUACGAUUGCACAGGAAACUACUACCACUACCGCUGCUACCACCACUACUACUACUGCUGCUACCACCACUACCACAACUGCGUUCCCAAAUAGAACAACCACUAGCUCUACCACUACCAUUCCGAACGAAACUACGGGAACUACCGCGAUCAUUGAGCUAUUGAGAAAGUAUAACGAGGACAAUCAACUGGACACGAAGGUUAAGUCGGAUAAUGUGUUCAGUUUGGCGAUGAGUCGUAACUCUAAGAGUGGAAGCAGCUCAAAGAAGACAGAUGGACCGACUAAGAUUUCGCUGGAUAGUGACAUCACGACAAAGAAUCCCACGGAAGAAGUUCGAAUCAACCGACCGAAUGCUCCGGAUUUGAUUUAUCGUUGGAAACCUACGACGGAUAGUGAAGAAACUGUUGCGAUUGUCUCGAGUACGGAGGACGUUGCGAUUGCCGAUAACACAGUGCCAGAUAACAUCAUCGAGUUUAAGAGCAAAUCUCUGCCGACUACGGAGGCGACACUGGAGCGUAUUGUUUCCACUUCACAACCUGAGCUACCCACCCAAAUUCCAAGUGACGUUGAACUGCGUAUCUCUUCUGGUGUAAAAGCAAGCGAUCAAUCUACAAAGAAGGAAGUUUCAGAACUUAACAAUUUUAUAACUUCUACGUUACUUCCUGUCACUGAAAUGUCCACAACGUCCACAACCACAGAGCCUGCUACAACAACAUCCACAACUAGUACGACUCCUGGACCGACUACGACCACCACGUCGACAACGACUUCAACCACUGUUGCUCCCAGUACGACAUUCAGAAGUUCUUCUAUUGUGACAACAACCAAACCGCCCAGAAGAAGCUCUCAAGUUGAUCAGCUCGAAUCAAAUCUGAAACUUCUUCAACAGUUCCUUGCCGCUAAUCAGAGAGAUAUCGCGGCAACUAAAGCAGUCACUCAAACAACUACCGCUGCUAGAAGCUCAACCACUACCACAACAACUACUGAACCAACUACAACAACCAGCACGACUCCUCCAACCACUACUACGACGACAACGACCACAACGACCACUCCGCGACCUACAACUACAACAACUUCCAGCACCACGACAACCGAACGAACCACCCCUCGUUCAAAAUCCGAAAAAAGUCGUCUCAAUCAGAACUCAGUUGCAGUUCCGACCACCCAGCGGCCCAGAACUACAACCCACUCGGACGCAGACGACUUAGCAUUCUUGCGUCAAUUGGCAAACUUCCUCAACGGAGGCCCAACCACUCGGAGAACUACAAAGAAACCAAAACCAAAAACAACCACCACUACUACAACUACGACAACUACUACACCUAAGCCAACAACUACAACCACCACAACGUCAACUACCCCACGGCCAACUACGACUCAUCCUUUGAGUACAGUGAUUGUCGAUAAGGAUGAUCCAGACUUCUUGAACGAUGUGCGCAAGCUUCCAAAUUUCGCUACACCGAACCCAUUAGUUGAUAGUUCACUGGCGAACCGAAUCCUCCAGUUAGCGAUCAAUCGUGAUCCAAAAAGUAUUUCCCUUAGCAACCAAGUCAAUGGUGUACCAUCAACGAACAAAACACUUUCGGCUGUCGAGGUGGAGCAGACCAAAAAGCAACUCGACAGAGAACUCCAGUCGUACAAUAAUGAUCUACGUCUGUUAUCUACCCUUUUGGGACGCCCCAUAACCAGUAAGGACCUUCCGAACCUUACAAAUCAACUUUCUCCUGCCUCCAAACCCUCCACUACAUCAACCACAACCACAACCACCACCACAACAACCACAACUCGCCGUCCUCCCCCGGUGGACCCGGUUGCGCUCCAGCAACUGCUGCUCCGCCAACAGCAACAGCACAACUCUAGUCCCGCUGUUUCGGACGAUUCUCCAGAACUGUACGGCAAAACUAACGAAGCCAUCCUCGCAACUGUCCUGAAGCAACGCGGCAUCGGCCCCGCGAACACCAAUGCCAACCUGGAGGAGAUUCUGGCGAAAAUAUCACCCCGCGGCAACAGCCCACAGCUCCAGACGGUGCUGCCGAUCAUUACCACGGCUCGACCAAGACCGCGGCCGGCUCGACCUCCGGAGGGACCGCCGCUACGAUCGACGCGACCCAUUCUCGAUGGUUUGUCGUGGCUGUGGCGAGAGUGGCAGGCUACCGCGCCGCAGCCCCGUCAGCGGCCGAACGGAUACUCGGCCGCGAUUGGUGGCGGCGGUACACAGACGUCCAACACGUUUGGACUGAGCGGGGGAAUCGGGGGCGGUCUCGGCGGUGGGGGCGACAAGUCGCAGGCUACCGACGAGGGACUCGAUCCGGAUGCCGGCCACUGCAGCUUAGAGACUUCGUUCCAGGACGAGUUCCCGUGGGAAAAACUUUACAAUGGAUUCCAAGCAUAA